GGCGGAGAUACCAUGUUAGUGUCUGUGCUCGCGCUUUGAAGCAGCGAGAGUGGCGUAAAGAGGCGCGCGCUCGCGUGAGGGGGAUGGGAUGGGGCCACUCAGAGCUCUCGUGCUCCACGAACUAAGCGCGCUCAUUAUUCUCACUUUUGUCCUUUAUAUUGAUGCUGUUUUAAAAUAAAAUUAAUAUUUCCCGUUACCGCAUGUGUUACGUGGCAUCUGAAAAACAAAAACUAUCGGUCUGCGAUUGAAUUGUGUUGCAGAAAGCGUCUAAAAUGUAUCCUAUUGGAGCAGCUGGUGCUGCUGAGCUGUGUCAGGGACAGCAGUCUUCAGGGUCAGAUGUUUCUGCUCCCCUGUCUCCUCCAGCACAAGAGUAUGUCUUCAAACCACCUCAACGGCCAGACUUUGGCACAAUGGGUAGGACAAUCAAGCUUCAGGCCAACUUCUUUGAAAUGGAAAUACCCAAGCUGGAGGUGUACCAUUACGACAUAGACAUCAAGCCUGAGAAAUGCCCACGGAGAGUUAACCGUGAAAUUGUUGAGCACAUGGUCCAGCACUUUAAGACACAGAUCUUUGGAGAUCGAAAGCCUGUGUAUGAUGGAAGAAAGAAUCUCUACACUGCCAUGCCUUUACCCAUUGGAAGAGACAAAGUGGAGCUGGAGGUCACAAUUCCAGGCGAGGGAAAAGACAGGAGCUUUAAAGUAGCUAUAAAAUGGGUGUCCUGUGUGAGUCUGCAAGCUCUACAUGAAGCACUGACUGGACGGCUACCAAACAUCCCCUUUGAGACUAUUCAGGCUCUGGAUGUUGUCAUGAGACAUUUGCCCUCUAUGAGGUACACCCCAGUUGGACGUUCAUUCUUCACUCCCUCUGAGGGCUGCUCCAACCCCCUCGGUGGAGGAAGAGAAGUCUGGUUUGGCUUCCAUCAGUCUGUUCGACCAUCCCUCUGGAAGAUGAUGCUCAACAUUGAUGUGUCUGCCACUGCGUUCUACAAAGCUCAACCUGUGAUUGAGUUCAUGUGCGAGGUUUUGGAUUUUAAAAGCAUUGAAGAGCAACAGAAGCCCUUAACAGAUUCCCAGAGAGUGAAGUUUACCAAGGAAAUCAAAGGUCUGAAGGUUGAAAUCACUCACUGUGGACAGAUGAAGAGAAAAUACAGGGUUUGUAAUGUGACUAGAAGACCAGCCAGCCAUCAAACGUUUCCUUUGCAACAAGAGAAUGGUCAGACCAUUGAAUGCACUGUUGCCCAGUACUUCAAGGAUAAGUACAAACUAGUGCUGCUAUAUCCACAUCUCCCAUGUUUACAAGUUGGUCAGGAACAGAAACACACCUACCUUCCGCUGGAGGUCUGUAAUAUAGUAGCCGGACAGAGAUGCAUCAAGAAACUGACAGACAAUCAGACCUCCACUAUGAUACGUGCCACAGCCAGGUCUGCACCUGACCGUCAGGAUGAGAUCAGCAAACUGAUGAGAAGUGCCAACUUCAACACCGAUCCUUAUGUGCGUGAGUUUGGAGUUAUGGUAAGAGACGAGAUGACUGAGGUCAAUGGUCGGGUCCUUCAGGCACCUUCAAUUCUUUAUGGAGGAAGGAACAAAGCAAUAGCAACCCCAGUCCAGGGUGUGUGGGACAUGAGGAACAAGCAGUUCCACACAGGAAUUGAGAUCAAAGUGUGGGCUAUCGCCUGCUUUGCCCCACAGAGGCAGUGUACAGAACUUCUUCUGAAGGCAUUUACUGACCAGCUCCGUAAGAUAUCACGUGAUGCUGGCAUGCCCAUUCAGGGCCAGCCGUGCUUUUGCAAAUAUGCCCAGGGAGCAGACAGUGUGGAGCCCAUGUUCAAACACCUCAAGUACACUUACCAAGGCUUACAGCUGGUGGUUGUCAUCCUACCUGGGAAGACCCCCGUUUAUGCUGAGGUGAAGCGUGUUGGAGACACUGUUCUUGGCAUGGCCACGCAGUGUGUCCAGGUGAAGAAUGUGCAGAAGACCACACCUCAGACCCUUUCCAACCUCUGCCUGAAGAUUAAUGUCAAACUGGGUGGAGUCAAUAACAUUCUUCUUCCACAGGGCAGGCCCUUGGUGUUUCAGCAACCAGUCAUCUUUCUGGGUGCAGAUGUGACUCAUCCACCAGCUGGAGAUGGCAAGAAACCCUCAAUUGCUGCCGUUGUUGGCAGUAUGGAUGCCCACCCGAGUCGAUACUGUGCUACGGUGCGGGUGCAGCAGCACCGUCAGGACAUCAUUCAGGAUCUGGCCACCAUGGUGAGAGAGCUGCUGAUCCAGUUCUACAAAUCCACACGCUUUAAACCAACGCGCAUCAUCUACUACCGAGACGGCAUUUCAGAGGGCCAGUUCAACCAGUCUCCGGCUUUGUCUAUGCAGGUUCUGCAGCAUGAACUGCUGGCUAUUCGUGAGGCCUGUAUCAAGCUGGAGAAAGAUUAUCAACCAGGCAUCACCUUCGUAGUAGUGCAGAAGAGACACCACACCAGGCUCUUCUGCAUGGACAGGAAUGAGCGGGUUGGAAAGAGUGGCAACAUCCCUGCUGGCACCACAGUUGACACCAAAAUUACUCAUCCAUCUGAGUUUGACUUUUAUCUUUGCAGUCAUGCCGGAAUUCAGGGAACCAGCAGGCCGUCCCACUACCACGUGCUGUGGGAUGACAACCAUUUCACCUCUGAUGAGCUGCAGGUCCUCACCUACCAGCUGUGCCACACCUACGUGCGCUGCACCCGCUCGGUCUCCAUUCCUGCACCAGCCUAUUAUGCCCACCUGGUGGCGUUCCGUGCUCGCUACCACUUGGUUGACAAAGAACACGACAGUGCUGAAGGCAGUCACACAUCAGGUCAGAGUAAUGGCAGAGACCAACAAGCCCUGGCCAAAGCUGUGCAGAUCCACCAGGACACAAUGCGCACCAUGUACUUUGCCUGAACAUAGCCAGAAACAAGCCCUACAUCCUGGAAACAGCACGGUGUGUGUGUCUGUGUGCAUUUUUGUGUGUUUGCCUCAAUUGUAUAAAUGAGAUCCUAUAAUGGGGGGAAAAAACAAGAAUCGCCAUGUUGUUAGGUUUCCAUUUGCCCAUGAAGUCAAUUUCCAUACAUCCUAAAUAUCCAUGAUUUUAGAACUGUAAUGUGAUUCUUUUUUUUUUUUUUUUGGUUUAGUGGGCAUGGUUAUGUGUCUCUGUUGUAUAUAUGCAUGUCAGAUUAGAGGUUAACAUGUUUACAUAGUCAAUCCAAAAAUUCAAACUAUUUUUUACACUGAAAGUUACGUUUGCUUGAUUCAGUACUAUCACCAAGGCUGGUGAUGGAGACUGUUGAACAGUAGUUUUUACAAACUCAUCAAAACAAUGGGUUCGGGUUAGUUUAGGACAACACAGAUCAGGUUUAGGGGUUGUAGAGAUGCAGUUUCCACAGCUAAAUUAUUUAUCAGCAAAAGCAAGUGCACUGACCAGAUGGGGGACUUCAGGACAAAAGUACUUAUCCUGUUUUGUUUCAUAUAUUUGUGCUAAUGUGACUUUUUUUUUUUUUUUUAAUAAUCGUGUUGUCAUUUACUGUUCAGUCCUGGGCUCAGUCAUCCUACUGUAUGAGUCUGACCAAGCACUAUCAUGUGCUUGUAUCAUGAAAUUUGAACACAAUAUGUGCAGAAUCAAGAAUGCAUUUGGAAGUGAGAAUGUAGGAAUUGUUCUGACAAUCAGUUUUCUGGUGAUCUGCCGCUCAUAUGAGACUGGUUCUCAUCAGUGACGCUCUCCGUUUACCUGUGCCAGGGUUCUCUGUGCAGAAACAGCUCUGUAAUAUGGAUAAUUGUCCUGAAAAGUACUAAUAUCUUGGGGCUCUUAGCAUUUAGAUGAUGAGAUUAUCUUGUGUGUAAAUUCUAAAUUCCAUGAGCGUUUCUCUUUUAAUGUUCUCUGUGAUUGUAACCUAAGGUUCCAGUGGGUUGGGUUUAUGAGUUAAGUUUCAAAAACUCCCCAUGACAAAAAAAAUACCAUCACUUUUUACUUUAAGCACCUGUUCUGAAAUUUUCAUUUUGAUAUUGUCAAAAAUCUUGUCCACAUUGAAAGACAAAGGCAGUUUUAUGCUGAAUAUCGGGGAAUCUUGCAGGCCUGUGAUUUGCUUGGUUCUGUGCUCUGUUUCCAACAGUGAAGUUUGACUACUAUGCUGGCUGCACUCCAGCUGGCAUACAGCCAGUCAAGACUUUUUUUUUUUUUAAGAAUAAUACACACAAUUGCAUUGACACAAAAUCAGAGUGAAAAUUUCAUACAAAUUUCAAAUGCACCUUAAUAUUUUUUUCUUUUCUUUUUUUAUAACCAAGAAUCUCUUGUUUAUAACUUAAUUUCCAUGAGAAUAUUACAAAUCCCUUUUUUAACACCCAAGAUACUUUUUUCUUUAUAUAUAAACCUAAAACCUUGUUAAAUCUAGUUUUUCUUUUAGAAACCUUUUGUAGAGUAACAGGGUUGGGCCAUUAUGUGAGUGGUUGUUAGCUUUUUAAUUGCUUAACCAAAUAGAAACAUUUAUUUAGUUUGAAUCCAAACUUAGUUCAAAUUGAAGGGCAAUACAUUGUAUAUGUAUAGGUAAACUGUUUUCAUGUAAACAGUCUUAUCCCUUCUAAAGCAUAUCAGGAUGUGUAGCGAUUGAUUGAGUCUUGUUAGUUAAUUAACUGUAAGAUCGCUUCCCCAAAUAAUUCUUCAAUUUUAACUUGAAAUUCUUGGGAAUUUUUAAUCAUCCUUUUCUAACUAUGCAUUGUUUACCAAGAGAUUUUAGUGGUAUGUUUGUGUAUAUGAAUUAUAAAUAUAGAACAUUUGUAACGUAGUCGUUUUCAUGCUGGGUACUUUUAGUAGUGUAAAUAGUACAAACCCUGUACCCGCUGUAGCAGUAUUAGCUUACAAAAUACUCUAUUUUUAUUAUCAGCAAUUGGAUGUUCUUUAUAUGGCUCUCAAUUAUUCCUUUUAGCCGAACAAGAUUACAUGCGUACUUGUAGUUAAUGUCCUACUAUAACUGAAGCACAAUAGGACAUUAUAAUUGUAGGUGCUAGAGUUUAUUCUUGAGACAACCAUUUUUUAUUAUCUUGUUUAACUUCAGCUUUUAAACAAGAAUCACAGACUGGUCAGAGAGCUUAAUGGCAAUGUUUGGUUUUUGAUCUGGUGAAAUCUGACUUUUGAUCCUGAAACCCUGACCCUCAUUUUCUAAACCCAAAAGACUGUGUAUAAGGGGCAUUUUAAUUUAUCUUCAAAUACUUGACUAGAGUUAUGUUGUUAUUUGGCGCUGAUCUUGUAACUUGUGACAGUAGAUGCACUUUGAAGAGCAAUGGACAGAGUUCUCUAGUUCCGGUGCUUGUCUGGAUCAGGAGUAUGUUAUCUGGGUGCAGUUGUGUGGAAAUGACUAGAUGUCCUACCUCUUGUUACCUGUUACUUGUGUUAUGGUAACAUUACCGCACUGGUCAUUUCCUCAUAAUUGCACUGAUAGGAAAUGUCAUCUUUUCGUCCCAGUGAAAGUGGUAGAUGUCACAGAAAUUUUGAACACUUGCUCUAAAAUGGCAUCUUUAAUUCAUUUGUUCAGUGGCCAAGCCUGCUGCCAUUUAGCCUAGAGGAUUUAGCAUUGCUGUUGUUUUAUUAUGGUAGUUUUAAGCUAUGUAUUGAAAGCUAGAAUUGAGUGCUGCAAGUUUAAGAUGUCAAACAUUUGAUGCUUCACAAGUCAGACAUGAAUCCAAAAGAUUAUUAAAUGCUUUCCGUGAAUAAGUGGCUUAAUGCUUUAAAUGUGCCCGGCAAGCUAUAAAAAUGUUCAUUCAUGUAUAUUAUAUUCCACUUUUAUCAUUUUCUGUUAUUUUUUUAAUUGCAGAGCAUUGUCGCUUUAUCCAUACUUGUUUGAAUGUGUUACAUAGUUUUCCUGUUUUUCUUAACAUUAAGUUAGAAGAAUAGCAUUUACCAUUUAACAUCAGAAACAUGAGGUGAAAUCAUUGCUCAAACUACUUAGAAUUUUUUAUUUUUUUUUUAUUUAUUUUUUUUUAUAUACUAUUUUCAUCCUCAUGACUUGCUUCAGUUGGAUGAUUUUUAGAAGUUACUGAGUUUUUAGUAUUUUAAGCUUUUUGAAAUCAGCACCUUAGUCAAAGGUCUUCAACAUAUGCAAUUUCUCAAGUGUGAAAUAUGAGAUGUUUUGCACUAUAUCAGAAGAGGUGUUACUAAUUUGCAUACUGGUGGACAGAUUGUAAGGUUAUAGAGAGGAACCAUCAAUAGUAGUCUUGAACAUUUUUUCAUAUACCAUCAUAUUAGCACUAAUCUUUUAAAAGUUGACAGAUGUAAGAAGGUCUUGAGUUAGACUAUGCAAAAACUAAUUUCCACUCCGUCACUGUUUGUAUAUAGGGUUCAGAUUGUCUGAUUUUGUCUGAAAUCUGUCAUGCAUACCAAAUUGAGCUAGGGACUUUUUUUUUUCUUUUUUUUCCUCCUUCUGUAAUCAGCUGAUUUAUAAUUUUUUUAAAUAAGGUCAUAAGGAAUCUGAUGCAAAUUUUUGUUUAAAAUAUGUCCAUUCAAAUAUCCAUGAAUGCAAAUGUCAUGGGGGCCAAGAAUUAAUGGAGGAGAAUGAAGUACGGUGCUGGUUUUGAGAUCAUCACGUUAAUCUUUGCUGCAGCAUCUCCGUUUCAACUCUUAAGAGGUACAGACGGUGUUAACUGAAAAUUGAAAUGGUGCCUCAGUUUCUUUUGAUUUAUUUAUCAAUGUUCUGUUAUUAACAUUAUGCAUGUCUCUUGCAUCAUCAUUUUUAGAGUAUUGUCUUUUGCUGCUUGAGUGAAGCUUGUAUAUUGCUUGGCGAAGUAUCUUUCCAGGUCUGUGUGGGGUUACAGUGUCCACAUGCCUUUUUGCUUUACACCUUGUGGUUUGAAUUAAACUAGUCAACUAAGUUUGAUUCUUAGGUGGUGCCCCGAUUACUUUCAGAUUUUAAUUUCAGAAACUUUUUUUUGUUAAGCAGACAAAAAUGACAGUCUAACCAAAAUAAUUUUUCCCCCUAGCUAUGUGAUCAGAGGUGGUAUUUUAACCAGAUCUAUUGCUAAUGUGUUUGCAUUAGAACUUUUGCACUAUAGUGUUCUGAAGCAGAAAUGUAAGCCUACAUACCAUGGUAGUUUUUUUUACUGUACUUUACUGGCAAGUUUCAAAGAUGCAACCUUUAUGACCUGCUAAAACCAUUAGGAUACAAACAAAUGGCUUGAAUGUACUCCAUACACCUGCAUACUGGUUAAGAACAUCCACAUUAUUUUCAUCCGUUUGCUCCACUUUGUUUUAUCCAUGCACAUUUAAAAGCAGCAUUGAAUCAUUGGGCUUAUAUCCAUGCAUAUUUCCAACUGUAUCACACCAUUCAUGGUUGUGAUGAACAAAAUUAACAGAUAAUGGGCAGUUUAUUCAGAAAAGAUUCACAAAGAUCCUUAAAUCGCUGAUGUUUGUGGUGCUGUACUGUAAAAACUGUACAUAUGGCAAUGUUUUGGUGUUUCGUGUUUUUUUUUGCCAUGUACUGCUUAUAUACUUCCAAGUUUCAUCCAAAGGGUUUUUGAGCUAUAUAAUAACUCCCAUGUUCAUAAAUUAACCCAAUAAGCCAAAUGUACUUUUGUUGAAGCCCUUUUGCUUUACCAGCAACACUCUUUGGUGGUCCCAUAAUCAUGACAGUGGUACUUGCUGAGCCUCCGUUCAUUGUGUGCACAAAUUAAACCUCUACUCCGUUUCAUCAGGACAGUUGCCAUUCAGCUAGUUGUUUUAUUGGGGUAUGAUGGCAUACAAGUGUUUCAAAAAACUUUUUAGCAACCACGCCCCCCCCCCAAUCCCUUGUUGUGAGGGAUAAAAAAAAUCUUAAAAAAAAGAGCAUAGUUCCAUUAGUUAAUUACGUGCUAACAUGUUAUUUAUUCCAAUAUGAGCAUGCAUGUAAGAUGAAAAUGGGGUCUUGAGACUGAUUUAUUGGAAUAAUUGAGAGCUUCAUUAUAACCUGGCUUUUUAAACCAACUUUGAAAAACUACCUCAAUAGUGUCAGGUGCUAACAUUAAAAUAUCCCUUAUACGUCUAUGUACGUGGUCAUGACAAAGAACAAUAAUUGUGACCAAACAACACAAGCCUAUACUGUGUAUUAAGUGUUUAGUUGUCUUUCACUCUUUUUUUGUUUUUUAAGCCAUUUACAAAAAAUGUAUGGUGGAUCAACAUAUGAGGGAUGUUUCGGCAUGUAACAAAAUUGCAGGGGACCAAAAUAAAUAUGAUUUGAAAGUUUCCCUUUUUAAAAUGUAGUGAUAAAUACUCAUCAGCUUUUAGAGGUUGAUUAAAAUAAUUUUCCACUGUAGCUUUUGAGCGGAAAUGGAGCUGUUCUCAGAUCCUCUGGUUGUAUCUAUGGUGAACAAAUCAAAAAUUCAGGCCAAGAUAAUUGCCAAAACAUGGUGGUCGAGUUGGUGUAAUUCAUUUCUGGCAUUGUUCCAUAUUCCAUUCUAGCAUUGUGCCAUAUUGUGGAUAACAUACUGGACAAGAUACGUUCAAUGACCAUUGCUGUGUUUAAUGGAUCUUUAGGGAAACCGACAACAUUUGCUUGUGAAGCAGCUUGUCAACCUGUCAAAUGGCAAACUAAUCAUCAUUGAGCUUUACUGUCUUUGGAGUGCUAGCACUCUACUUGAUUCUUCUACUUGAUUUAGAUCCAGUAUUGCAAUAAAUAUGUUUCGCACUCAGUAGAUCCUGAUCUGUUUGACGGACGUUCCAUGACGAGUCUGCGAUAAGCUAUUUGUAUUUUAAUAUUGUCACGUAUGACUCCAGAGUGCUAUUCAAUGCAAUUGACAUGUAUUUACUAUGCUGCAUUUUAUGAAGGGAAUUCAAUUUGGAUCUGAUUUCUCUCAGACUCUGAUUGAGGAUGCAUUAAACAUCCUAAUACACUGGCAUUUGAGUUUUUGAGAACUAAAUAUUAAGGUACAAAAAGGUUGUAUGAAAAGUCAUCCAGAAUCUUUUUUUUUUUUUUUUUUAUCUGUGAGCUUAAAAACGUCCAGCGUGUUUUGGUCGUGUAUGUGUGCCUUUAUAAAAUCUCUCCCACACCUGAUCGAGUCACUAUCCUUUUCAUUUGAUACUCAGCACCACAUUGGAUAAUUUGUACAUUUAUCAUGCAACCUUGAGUGAAUGCUGCAUAGAAUGAUCAGUAUUUGUAUUUUGCACUUUCUAAGCAGUUUUAAAGGAUGCCCUGUGGUAAUUGGGCGCACAGACUAUUUAAGACGAGGUAUUUUCUGCUACAAUAGGAAUUCUAAGGAACAAUAUGACUUGUUGGUCUUUUCGAAAAUAAAGUGUAUAGAUGUGAAGUACCUCAUAAGCCUGAUAAAUGCUGCAUAAACUUCAUUUAUUGUUCUUUUGUGAACCUCAUUUCAAACAUUUUCCCCUACAGGGAGGUUUGAUGCCCACAAGCUGUGCAAGCACCUUCAGAAUUCUGUGAUUGACCAGAGACAUCAAAUGCAAUUUGAUAGACAGAUUUAGUCAUAUUCACUGACAUGAUAUACAAUAUUAUAGAGCCUCUAGCUUGAGCAUUGCUCCGUGGAUUACGACUAUUAGAUGUAGUGACGUCCUGCAGUCAAAAGUUACAGUUGACUCCGGUAUUGCCAUUAAGGGCUGUAUCUGCUAUUGCCUCUCGUCCUCAGUCCCCUCACCUGUGUCUUAAUGUAGCCUUAGAACUGCAUUUAUGGAUGGAACAUAAUAAAUACUAUCUGGCCUUAAAAUAUGCACUAUUUAACCACAACAUGCAAGUCGCUACAAAUCAGGCCAUACGUUUGUGCCAUAAAACUACCUCCUGAGAAUGUAGGAGUAUCCUGGAACUGACAGAUGGCUUUUUUUAUUUUCCCCUUCCAAUUUGUACGGUGUAAGUUGACACUCAAUUUUUUUUUUUCUUUUCGAUCCCAUACCCCCCCAUGUAAAUUAAAAACCGUUGAAAUUCCAGGAAAACUCUAGUUGAUUUAUUUAUUUUUAAAUCAUGUCCAUGCUAGUGAUGGAAAAGUCAAGCGACCAAAGUUUCAAUACGAAGGCUUUCUUGUACAGUGUUGUGGCGUCAAACUUCCCUCUCACAUCAGCAAUUUAUCUUUCAUUUAACCUUGUGUGUGCUCCUUUAUAUCAUGCCAAAUAAUUUGCUGUCAUUCCUGUCACAAAUUCUUUAAUUUCUGAUUCAUGUUUGCAUUCACUGCUAAUCUACUUGUUGUUUCUUGAUAAUGUAAAGUGUGAGUUUUUUUUUUUUUUAAACAAACUUAUAAGAUUACAAACCAAGAUAUGCUGUAAACCCUGCUAAGACAUAAUGUGAAAAUGUAUCAUUUAAUAUAGCUCACUUUCGCUUGACUCUGUAUUGCAUCAUUUAUUAAACAAUUUCCUCUGACUGUC